GCUCUCAGAGGUUAAGAGUCUUGGACUCAGCCGUGACCAUGCACACUCUGAGCUUCCUGUGUGUCCUGGGCCUCGCUGUUGCUCUCCAGGUGCCUUGCACCUCUGCCUGGUUUGGUUGGUCCAAUAAGGAUAGAUCAGGUUCGUCCUCGUCCUCGUCAGGAGGGGGCAGCACCGAGGUCACUUCUUCAGUCAAGAGGGAGAUCGUAGACAAACAUAACGCCCUGAGGAGAAAUGUUCGACCUUCUGCCAGCGACAUGUUGAAAAUGAGUUGGGACAAUGAAGCUGCAGCCAAUGCUCUGAGAUGGGCUAAAACUUGCUCCAUGGAUCACAGCUCUAAAAGCGCCAGAAAGAUUAGUGGCUUUGGCUGUGGAGAGAACCUGUACAUGGCCAGCUACAAGAACUCCUGGAGCAACGCUAUCCAGUCCUGGUACGACGAGAUAGAGGACUGGCGUUACGGAGUGGGAUCCACUAACGGGGGAGUGGUCGGACACUUCACACAGGUCGUUUGGGCCAAGUCCUACAAGAUUGGCUGUGCUUUGGCCCACUGCCCCAACUCCAGAUACAAAUACUUCUACGUCUGCCAGUACUGCCCACCUGGAAACUACCAGCUUGCUCGCCCCUACGAAACAGGACGUCCCUGUGGUGCCUGCCCCGGGAAAUGUGAGAACGGACUGUGCACUAACCCCUGUCCCUACGUGGAUAAGUACGGUAACUGCCCUGAUCUGAAGCGGAAGUGGACCUGCAGUAAGAGUGAAGUGGCCUCUUGGUGUCCCGCCUCCUGCAAGUGCGGCUCUUAGAUGACUUAAAUGUCCACAUGUACUCUGACUUAAUCAGUCAGUUUCAAUAAAUAUACUCAGCAUCAAA